UGGACGAGGAAUCUCGAAAUUUAACUUGCUUAUGAUUUGUUGUUGAUGGAGAAAUCAAUGAGCUUUUGAAUUGGUUAAAUAAUUAUUGUGCGUGGAUAUGACGGUUGCUCAUACGGCGGCGGCGAAGGAAGAUAAUAACCGAUCAGCGCCGUCGACGGCGGCUAGGGCUAAGCCAUCAGCCUCAAAGUUCAAGCGCUGGGGCAGGCAAUCACCGUUUCUGAGAUAUGGUCUUCCGAUGAUCUCACUCACUGUUAUCGGAGCCCUAGGACUCGGUCAUCUACUUCAAGGGAGCAAGGACAUUGCUAAAGUGAAGGAUGACCAAGAAUGGGAAAUUAUUGAGACAAGAAAAGCACUAUCACGAACAGGACCUCUAAAUGCUUACAACCCUAAAAAGACAUCGCUGGAGGAAGAGCUGAAGGCUAUGCAACAAAUGGUUGACAUAGAUAAUUAUGAAUACAAGAAAAUUCCCAAGCCUAAAGAAGACAAAUGAAGCUGUAUUGGUGUCUUUUAGAAGGUUCGUUGCGACAUUUAAAGUGCUCGUUUCUGUAUCAAACCUUAGAGACGCCUACUCUAGUCAGCCAGUUUUAUGAAAGAAUAAGCUUCUCAUGUCUGCUUGUUUGAUUUUGCUCCUGUUAUUGAUCUAGUUUCUGGUUAGUACUACAUGUUUGUAGAAUUUCUAUUUAUACUGAAAGCUUGAAGUAUUAUGUAGUCCAUUACUUAAAUCAAUUUUGGCUCUUCUAAGUAGAUAUCGAAUUGCACACAGAGCCAUCUACUUCUUUCUAUUUGAUCAACUGUGUAUAACACUAAUGAGUGUUAGUACAUUACUGUAAAUUCUACUUUGUCAGCGUGCUAGUUGUAAAGUUUUACAUAAA